AUGUCAAAUGAACAAAAUAAUCAUAGUGUCAGUGAUAAUGUAGAGGAUUGUUCAAAGGAAGUGAAGGUGAAUGAGGAUCAACAAAAUGUAGCUAAAACCGAUAUCCAGUCAGAAGAAACUGAAAUCAAACAUGAUAGUAAAGAUGAGUCAGUAAAAGUGGAAGAGAAUCACAAUGACUCAAGUGAUAAAACCGAAGCUAAUGAAAAUGGAGAAGAAAAAGAAGCAAGCGAGAAGGCAACUUCUGAUGAAAACGAUAACUCACAAAAUACUUCAACCCAUGAAACUAAUGAUAAAACUGAAGAACAAGCCGAAGUAUCUGAGGGUUCAUCAAGUGAAAAAGAAAAGGAUCAUAAAAAAAAAGUUAAUAUAGUUAAAUGGUUCAAGAAAAAUGUCUCCAUUCAUCUACAAAAGAAACAUUCAUUAAAGAAAGAGAAGGCACCCGCAGAAGACAAGACUGAAGAUGUCAACCCGGAUGAAGAACAUUCAUCAGCAUCAUCUGACAAACAAACUGAUUCAAAGGAGUGUGAAGAAGACAAAGCAACAGAAAAUACUGACAAGGUAACGAAUGGAAGUACAGAAAAUUCAAAUGAAACAACUGAAUCAUCAAAACCCACAGUUCAUAUGACAUCUGAAAAUUCACAAUCUCAUCCACUGUCUGAAAACAGUACACAGUAA